UUAGUAGAUUCCAAAUACAUGCAUAUUAUCUUGAUUUAACAUCUAACAUCUCAAACCUCACAAAAUGUACAAAAUUCUAACAUCUCCAUAAUGCAUUCAAUUAUUUCGGUCCAACAAGUGCUGAUUCCAUCGACCUCUCUAUUUUCCUUCUCUUCCAGUACAACUUUCCCAAAGGCAAAACUCGAAAGAAAACUCUUAUUUCCAGCUUCUUGUUCUCUCGAACCAAUCUCAUCAACAACUUCACCUAGUACUAGUAUUACUAGUGAUACCGCCAUGGCCACAAGCCCAGCUGAAGAAGUAGCCCAAGAUUUCUCUCCCUUUCUUAAAAUCUACAAAGACGGUCAUAUCGAGAGGCUCGUCGGCGUCGACGUCGUCCCUCCGUCGCUUGACCCCGAAACCGGUGUCGAAUCCAAAGAUGUCGUGAUCUCGCCCGACGUCUCCGCGAGGCUUUUCGUCCCCAAGCAUGCCGGCGCCGGCGACCAGAAGCUCCCUCUCGUUUUGUACUUCCACGGCGGUGGAUUCUGCGUCGAGACGCCGUUCUGCGCCAAGUACCACAACGCCGUCAAAACCAUAGUCGCCGAGUCAAGCGUCGUCGCCGUCUCCGUCCACUACCGGUUAGCCCCGGAGAACCCCAUCCCUAUUCCGUACGACGACUCAUGGGCCGCCUUCAAGUGGGCCGCGUCCCAUUCCGAGGGAACCGGCCCAGACGAGUGGCUGAACGCACGCGCCGACUUCCGGCGCGUGUUCCUCGCGGGGGACAGCGCGGGUGCUAACAUCGCGCACAACGUGGCGCUGCGGGCGGGUGUUUCGAGAUCUCCGGCGGGGGUGAACCUCGCAGGGAUUGUGUUGAUACAUCCCUACUUUUGGGGGGUGGAGCCAAUUGGAAAUGAGCCGAAGGAGGCAGAGAAGCGGGCGAUGGCGGAGGGGAUAUGGCGGUUUUCUUACCCGGCGACGGAGAACGGGUCGGAUGACCCGUGGAUGAACCCGGCGAAGGAUCUGAAUUUUGGGAGGCUGGGGUGUGGGAGGGUUUUGGUUUUUGUGGCGGAGAAGGAUGGGUUGAGGGAUAGAGGGUGGUACUACAAAGAGUUGUUGGAGAAGAGUGAGUGGGGUGGGACCGUUGAGGUGGUGGAGGCCAAAGGGGAUGACCAUGUUUUCCAUUUGAGCAAUCCCACUUGUGACAAUGCCGUGUCUUUGGUCAAGAAGAUUGCUUCCUUUGUCAAUGAGGAGAAAUAGUCCUCAAGUGAGUGGGGAAUUUAAUUUAAUAUAAUUUUUUCUCCAUUCUUAAGCAGUGUUUGUUAUUAUCUAUUUUGUUUAGGAAAUUAUGCAUAAAAUAAAAUGGGAUACCAUAGAACUUUGUUUGA